GAUUUUGGAAGCUGCGCCAAGGAGUAGUAACAAUGGCGCCAAGGGAAGAAGAGGACUCAAGGAUCCAGAAGCUUGAAUCAGCAUGUUCGGAUUUGAAAAUCCUCCUUCAAGCGUCGACGGAACUGAACGAAAGCCUGGAGAGGAUGGAGAAGAACAUAGAUUCAAUCGACGAAUCGCUCACGACAGCGUCGAGAAGCAUAUUACCUCUACAAUCUUUGGCGAUGACGACAAAAGCCCUCGAAACAAGAAUCAACCGAGCAGCUUCGCCUGCUCUCAAUCUCCUUGAUACUUUUAAGCGAUCCGAAUUUCUCCAACGCAAGAUUCUCGCGAUCUUCGCUAACUUAUCGGUGGAAAAAUCGCCGGAAGAACGCCUGAAGAAGCUGAUCAAACUAGUGAACUGUGUGGAUAGGCUGAAUGCAGCCAUAAGCGUGAUUAGUCAAGAGGGGGAAUCGGUGAUCCAGAAACUCCAAGAAGUGGUGGAGUUCUUGAGCAGGACGAAGGCUGCCGAUCCACAAAGGACACACAGACUGAAAGAGACGAUGAUCACACUCAAAGCUCUUUACGAAACUGAAAUCGAUGACAUGAAGUUUGAGGGAUUGCUUGACGAAUCUCUACUGAAUCUGCAAGAUGAAUUUGAAAACAUAUUAAAGAAUCUAAAGCAUCAAAGAAAACCGAAGUUCGAUGAUGGUGAUGGAGAAAAGGAAGGUGAAACCGUGGGGUCUGAGAUGGGAAGCGAGCUGGAGAUCGAAGCUGCUAAACGAAUUGCUGAAACUCUAACCGCCAACGAUUGUUUGGAUAUUUGCAUCAACAUUUACGUCAAGGUUAGAUACAGGAGAGCAGCUACCGCAUUGAUGCGGCUCAAUCCAGUCUAUCUAAAAACUUACACUCCAGAAGAAAUUGACAAAAUGGAGUGGGAAAAGUUGGAGACAGCAAUUUCACUAUGGAUUGAACAUUUCAAGGUCGCAGCCACGAGCGUGUUGAUUUCUGAGAAGAAGCUUUGUAAUCAGGUUUUAGGCUCAAUCAUGGACGGACUGAUGUGGCCUGAAUGCUUCGUCAAGAUCGCAGACAAAAUUAUGACUGUCUUCUUCCGGUUUGGGGAAGGCGUCGCCAGAAGCACCAAAGAGCCGCAGAAACUGUUCAAGCUCUUGGACAUGUUCGACUCCAUGGAAAAACUCGACUCCGAAUUCUCUGAGGCAUUUAGCGGCGAAGCCGGCGCCGAAAUCCGUACACGAUACAGAGAGCUCGAGAAGCUACUCGUGCACGCAUCCAGCAAAGUUUUUUGGGAUUUCGGCCUUCAAAUCGAGGGAAAUUCAGACGGAUUUCCACCUCCAAAAGACGGAUCGGUUCCUAAACUAGUCCGUUACGCCGUCAACUACCUCAAGUACCUUGCAAGCGACAACUACAGUUCCGCCAUGGCUAAAGUUCUCCAAAUACAAAAGUCGUGGAAGGGCGGAUUCCUCUCAAAAUUGGAAGCGGAGGAGAAUUUGCUUAAAGACGCCUUCUCCAACGUAAUGGAAGCCCUACAAAGAAACGUGGAAUCCAAAAAAUCGCGCUAUAGAGACAAAAUCCUACCGCAUAUCUUCUCAAUGAACACAUACUGGUACAUCUACAUGCGGAUCCGAAACACAGAACUAGGAAGAUUGCUAGGUGAACAGUAUAUGCGAAAAAAUUACAAAGCAGUAGCAGAAGAAUCGGCUUACACUUAUCAAAUGCUAUGUUGGGAGCCUCUGCUUUCGGUAAUGGACAUGGACGACAUGCGAUUACAGAACAUGGAAACGGUGGAAGAUUUAGCGAAAACAAAAAUGGAAUCAUUCGUGAAGGCACUAAGAGAAUUCUCACAGAAACAUAGAGCGACGUACUCCAUCCCAGAUUUGGAUUUGCGGGAGCAGUUGAAAGAGGCAACUCUGAAGAUGAUACUCCCGGCUUAUACAGAGUUUUUCAAUUUGCAUUCGGCUUUGUUGCCGGGAAUUGGGAAGUAUUACGUGGGCCUAGAGACGAUCCAUGACUUUGUGGGCCGGGCCUUUGAGUUCGAAGGUGGGAGUGGGCCUGGGUCGGGUGGCAAAUUGAAGCGAAGGGGUUCGAUGGAUCGGAUGGGUGAGAUUGCGUCUGAUGGACCAAUAUUAGCCGUUGGAUUGAGAUAACUAGAGAUUGCUAUCUGCUGCUUGACGACCACGCAAAGGAUUCCGAUGUUUGUAGGGAACUAUGUGGAAAAUUUGAAAUAUUCUUUAGUCCAUAGAUUUUUAUGAAAUUUGCCCCAAAGGAAAAAGGGAAAGUUGUAUGUUUUAUUGUCACGUAAUAUGGUCAAAUGAAAUAAAUUUUCAUUCAAAUCA